AUGUCACAUUAUAAUAAUAGUAAUAGUACUGCAGGUGGCAGUGGGGGUGGAACACACCACAAAGAAAAACAUCAUGGAUAUCAUAGUCAUCAAUAUAGCAACUAUUAUGCAUCGAAAAUUGUGUAUGAUGGUAAACGUAUGAGAAAAGCAGUGGUCAGAAAAACAGUAGAUUUUAACUCUACUUUAAUUAAGUACAACAUGGCAAGAGUUUACCAGAGAGACUAUAGAGAUUUAGCAGUAGUACAACCAGAUUCAUUAUAUAUUAGAGAAAUUUUACCACCGAUUGCAUUAGAAUCAAAUCCUAUUACAAGUGUAUGUUCAAGAUUUAUUCACACAUCAGCAAAUAAAGUUAAAUAUCCAAUUAAUUGUGUUUCGUGGACUCCAGAGGGUCGUAGAUUGGUUACAGGUUCGUCAAGUGGUGAGUUUACAUUAUGGAAUGGUUUAACUUUUAAUUUUGAAACGAUUCAACAGGCACAUGAUACAGCAGUUAGAUCCAUUAUAUGGUCUCACAACGAAGAUUGGAUGGUAUCAGGGGAUGAUGGAGGUAUUAUAAAGUAUUGGCAGGCAAGUAUGAAUUGUGUUAAAUUUUUCAAAGCACACGAUCAAUCCAAAAUUAGAGGUCUUAGUUUCUCACCAACUGAUUUAAAAUUAGCGUCAUGUGCAGAUGAUAAAAUUAUAAAAAUUUGGGACUUUGCAAGAUGUACCGAAGAGAAUCAAUUAAUAGGUCAUGGUUGGGAUGUCAAAUGUGUGUCGUGGCAUCCACAGAAAUCAUUGAUAGUUUCAGGUGGUAAAGACAAUAAUAUUAAAUUAUGGGAUGCUAAAAGCGCUAAAAAUAUCACCACAUUACAUGGCCACAAGAGUACAGUCUCAAAAGUAGAAUGGAAUCAAAACGGAAACUGGAUCGUCAGUGCAAGUUCAGAUCAACUUUUAAAGCUUUUCGAUAUAAGAACGAUGAGAGAAUUGCAAACAUUUAAAGGACAUGGUAAAGAAGUUACAGCAUUGGCACUACACCCAUUUCACGAAGAUCUUUUUGUUAGUGGCGAUAAAGAUGGUAAAAUUUUAUAUUGGAUUGUUGGAAGUCCUGAUCCACAGGCUGAAAUUCACUCUGCUCACGAAGCAGAUGUUUGGUCUUUAAGUUGGCAUCCAAUUGGUCAUAUUUUAGCAAGUGGUUCAAACGAUUUAACAACAAAGUUUUGGAGUAGAAAUAGACCUGCUGACACAAUGAAAGAUAAAUAUAACAAUCCAAAUGCCUCGAAAGAUGCUGUUGAAGACGAAGAGGAUAUCGAUGACCAAGAUGAUCAAUCUUUACCUGGUUUAUCUUUACCUGGUUUGGUUCACCUAAGACACAACAACAGCGUACAUGAACCUCAGCAACCACAACAACCUCAGCAACCGCAACAACCUCAGCAACCACAACAGCAACUAGGUUCACCAAACUAUAUUCCUCCACAAGCUAAAAUAAACUCACCAACCUCAAAUAUUACUGUACCAAACUCAUCAUUAAUACCCACUCCACAACAACCAUCAUUACCAAAUAAUCCACCAACAACACAACAACAACCAAUACCACAUCCACCGAACUAUAUUUCUCAACAGCAACAGCAAACACAACAACCACAACCACCACAACAACAACCACAACAAUCAAUACCACAACAACCACACCCACCCCAACACAAACAAUUUAAUCCAAAUCAACAACACCACUAUAACCCACAACAACAAAAACAAUUUAAUCCAAAUCAACAACAAAAACAAUUUAACCAAAAGCAAUUUAAUCCAAAUCAACAAAUGGGCAAUCCUCAAUUUAAACAACAGCAACAAUUUAACCAAUUACCCCCACAAUUUAACCAACAACAACAUUAUCAACAAAAACCUCCUCAAUUUAAUCAACAAAAUUUUAAUCAACAACCAUUUAAUCCACAAAAUCAACAAAAUCAACAAAAUCAACAAAAUCCACAAAAUCCACAAAAUCCACAAAAUUUCAAUCAAAACCAAAAUCAGAACCAACAAUUUAACCAACAAAACCAACAAUUUAAUCCACAAAAUCAACAAUUUAAUCAACAGCAUCAACCAUUUAACCAAAAUCAACAAUUCAAUCCACAACACCAACAAUUUAACCAAAAUCCAAAUAUAGUUCCUCCACCCUCAAGAUUUAAUCCAAAACAUCAACAACAACAGCAGCAACAACAGCAACAACAACAACAAUACAACCAACAAAGACCUCAAUAUUAA